UGCUGUAACCGAGAGUUUUGCUGUUAUUUUGUUGUUUUCCUUUGUGUUUCUCUAGGCCACAGUUUAGGUUACGGCUUUGUUAACUUUGUUAACCAUAGUGAUGCAGAGAGGGCUAUCAGUACCCUCAAUGGCCUGAGGCUACAGUCUAAAACUAUCAAGGUGUCGUUUGCUCGCCCGAGUUCGGACACCAUCAAAGAUGCCAACCUGUACAUCAGCGGUCUGCCCAGAACGCUGAGCCAGCAGGACCUGGAAGACAUGUUCUCCUCCUUCGGACGCAUCAUCAACUCCAGGGUCCUGGUGGACCAGGCGUCAGGUCUGUCUCGGGGCGUGGCCUUCAUCCGCUACGAUAAGCGCAGCGAGGCCGAGGACGCGGUGAAGCACCUGAACGGACACGUCCCGCCCGGCGGCUCUGAGCCAAUCACAGUCAAGUUUGCCGCCAACCCCAACCAAGGCCGGAACCCCAUGGUGAUGUCACAGACCUACCACGGCCAAUCACGACGCUUCGGAGGCCCUGUCCAUCACCAGGCGCAGAGGUUCAGGUUUUCUCCGAUGUCGGCCGACCACAUGGGCGCGGGGGGCGGAGCCUCGGGAAGCCCCUCCUCUGGCUGGUGUCUGUUCAUUUACAACCUGAGCCAGGACGCCGACGAGGGCAUGCUGUGGCAGAUGUUUGGGCCGUUCGGCGCCGUCGUCAACGUCAAGGUCAUCCGAGACUUCAACACCAACAAGUGCAAAGGCUUCGGGUUCGUUACCAUGGCGAACUAUGAGGAAGCCGCCAUGGCCAUCCACAGCCUGAACGGCUACCAGCUGGGGGACAAAGUCCUGCAGGUGUCUUUCAAGACCAACAAGGGACACAAGUAGACGGCAGCGGAAGCGGGUGGGCGGGGCUAAAGGUCACAUGAUGUAGUUUCUGUUUUUUUUUGUUUUUUUUAUUAGCAUGCACAGCUUUUUAUUUUUGAGCUGAAACUCGUUCUGAAACGAUUCUCUGGACUCUGACGCCUGAUUGGUCCGUCUCCUGCCGGACCGGACUGUAGUUUCCCCCAGGGAUGGUUGGAGUUCCCGUCUUGGUUCUGUUAGUUUUUGUUUUUUUUUAGAAAGUGUCGAUCUGUUUUAGGUGAAAAAUGUCCACUCUGCAGUUGUUGAAUGAAUCAUUAAAUGUUGUUCGGUUCUGGUCGGUUUAAUAAUCCGAGGAAGUUCUGACUUCAUGUUGGACUUUGAAACGAGCAGAACCGGUGGAAGCUGUUUGAGCCUCAGUGUGAUGUUGACUCUUCAAUAAUAAAUCUGUUGAUGAAAACAUGA